AUGUCCGAGGUCCUGUGGAAACCAAAUGAAGACUUUGUUCGUAAAACGAGCAUGUUUGAUUUCAUGCAAUUUGUUGAACGACGUCAUCAAAAUAAAGUUCUUUUUCACGGAGAUUAUCGACGUCUACAUGCGUGGUCGGUGGCAAACAUAAACGAGUUUUGGAUGGACUUUUUCACAUAUUGUGAACUUCGUUAUUCCGUUCCUCCCACUAAGGCGAUCGAUACCGGCGUAUCGAUGGACUCUAAACCCGUGUGGUUUCCAGGUUGUUUUACUAAUUACGCGGAGAACCUGUUACUUGGUGGUCAGCCAAAUGAUAUAGCUAUUUAUUCUUGCCUCGAAGAACAAUACCUCGUGCCCUGUUUGACCUAUGGACAACUUACGGAACAAGUGAACGCAGCUGCUCAUGGUUUGCGUAGCCUGGGUGUAGUUGCUGGGUCUCGUGUAGCAGGUUUGCUCCCGAAUUGUAUCGAGGCUGUGGUGUGCUAUUUGGCCGCUUCGUCCAUCGGCGCUAUCUGGUCUUCGGCCUCGCCUGAUUUUGGAGCCAAAGGUAUUAUUCAACGGUUCGAGUUAGUUCAACCCACCGUCCUGUUUACAGUUACACAAACAAUCUAUCGUGGCAAAACAUUUGAUCAGCUGGAAAAGGUGCGCGACCUGGUGCAGGCACUGAAUCCCAAACCGGUGCGAGUAGUAUUUGUCCCUUUCCUGCAAAUGCUUUGCACUGAUCUCUAUUCCAACGGGGACGCCAUCUCAACCAGGACGACAGACAAAAAUGGUGUUGAUUCAAAACAGAUCGGAUGGAUGAUGUGGAAUUGGUUGGUUUCCGCAGUUGCUUUGGGGUCGUCUGUGGUCCUUUAUGAAGGAUGUCCGUUCGCUACAAAUCUUUGGGAUUUGAUUGAUGGUCUCUCGAUUACAACUCUCGGAACUAGUGCUAAAUGGCUCGCGGUUUGCGAGGAGCGUGCUCUGAAACCAGGUGGAACCGAUAUUUUGGGAUGUUGUGUUGGUUGCUGCCCCGUGCUUCCCGUUUACCGAGGCCGAAUUCAGUGUCGCCUUCUCGGGAUGGCUGUGGAAUCGUGGGAUGAAGAUGGUAAACCCCAUACGGACAGAAAAGGUGAAUUGGUCAUUGUUCGCCCAUUCCCGUCUAUGCCUGUCGGCUUCUGGAAUGAUCCAGGUGACAGUAAAUACCGUGAUGCGUAUUUCGCAAAGUUUCCACAUAUCUGGUCUCACGGAGAUUUUAUUGAAUUGCACAGUGAAACUGAAACUCUCACGAUCUCCGGCCGUAGCGAUACCACUCUCAAUCCGUCCGGCAUACGUUUUGGCAGCGCAGAAAUCUACAAUCUGAUUGAAGGCUUACCCGGCGUGUUAGACUCUUUGUGCGUAGCACAGUCUAAUGCCGACCGCAGUGACGAGCGUAUGAUUCUACUCGUCAAAUUGAGCGAUAAUUCCAUUCCGGAUGGUCCACUACCAACGGAGUUGGCCACAACUAUUCAACAAGCGAUUCGAUCGCAAUUAUCUCCUCGAUUUUUGCCGGCCGUGAUGUGUUGUGUAUCGGCCAUUCCGUCCCAAGGUGUUAGUAUGGGCUGGUAUUGUGCACGGAAAGAUUGUCGGGCCGGACUACUUCAACGGAAACGUAACAGGCAGCAUCGGAUUCGGAACCUAUCCUCCCCCUGUGUCGGCCCGAAAAUCACACGACCGAUCGGUCGAAUGGUUCAGCCGCAACAAGCGACCUGGUACUUGCCCGGCUAA